CUGACAGCCGGGCUGGAGGAUCAGCUCACGGCAUCGCAGUGACUGCCGACCAGGAGAGGAAACGAUGGCGGCGGCUGUGGACCGAGGAGGACUCCGGGGGUCCACCGACACGUCAGCGGGGACCGAGGCUGCCGGGGAGCCAGACGGCCGCGGCCCGGUGCCCAUGAACAUGUUCGCUACCUGGGAGAUCGACCGGUCCUCCCCGAGCUGCGUGCCCAGGCUCUGCAUCCUGACCGUGAAGAAGCUGAUGGUUCUGAGGGAGCUGGACAGAGAGCUCAGCUCCGUCAUCAUCGCUGUAAAAAUCCAGGGCUCUAAGCGGACGUUGAGAUCCAACGAGUACCUUCUUCCUCCCGACGGCCUCAUGGAAACAGACCUGGAGCUCACCUUCUCCCUGCAGUAUCUUCACUUCCUGAAGCGAGACGUGAACCGUCUGCAUGUGAUGUUGCAGAGGAGGAAGAGGUACAAGAACCGAACCAUCCUGGGCUACAAAACCCUCGCAGUGGGUGUUGUCAACAUGGCCGAGGUGAUGCAGCGUCCAACAGAUGGUGCCCACAUACUCGGUCUCCAUAGCAACCUGAAGGAUGCUUCUGUGCGUGCGGCAGAACUGAGUGUUCAUUCUCUCUGCAGCCAUCCAAUAGAAAUAGAGGACACAGCUGGUCACCAUGGCAACAAGGGCAAGGCCUCAGACCACUCUCCUGAUGUGGAGAACUACUGGGAGGACGAUGACGACAGCUUCUCCUCUGAACAGGAAGGAAGUGACGACGCAGUCUUGCCUCAGGACAUGUUUGAUGAUGACGAGGAUGUCCAGGGAAAGAUUAAGAAGUCUCACAGGAAAAUGAUCCGAACAUCCUCGCUGACUCAGCAGCCGAACUUUAAGCAGAAGUUUGUGGCUCUGCUAAAGAGAUUCAAAGUCAGUGAUGAGGUUCUGGACUCGGACCCCGUGGGUCAGAGUCAGGAGGCCGAGGAGGACCUGGACCUCCUGUACGACAGCCUGGAGGUUUACAACCUGAGCGACAGCGGCCCUGAGCUGGACGACAACGACAGCAUCCAGAGCACUCCCAAACCCAAGCUCAGGCCGUUCUUCGAGGGCGUCUCUCAGUCGAGCUCUCAGACUGAGAUCGGGAGUCUCAACAGUCAGCAGAGAGAACGGACUGCAGCCGUGAGUGAAACACAGCAUCAUCAUGUGGACAUCCAGAACCUGAAGCUCCUGUCAGGAGACAUUAGUGCGGCAGAUGUACGAGGAGACUCUGAGGAGGUGAAAGGAGAGGAGACCGGGCCGAGGAAACCUGAAGAUGAUGUUGCCAUGGGAACAGACACAGGCCCAGCUGCCAAACUAUGUAAAACAGAGUCUCAGACACACAUGUCACCAAGUAACACGGGAAGUCAGUCGUCUCGCCACACGUGGAUCAUCGCUAUGAAGGACAGACAGAACUCAAGAGGCAUGGACCGAACGAACAGCUUCGACAGUGAGACGUCGUCUGAUUGCAGGAUACCGGCUCCACAGGUAGCUAGAAAGUCGGUCUUGGAUCAGCUGAACCACAUCCUGUUCUCUGAUGAUCAGAUACCUGACUCCAUUAUCCUGAUCAACACCACAGACUGGCAGGGACAGUAUCUCUCUGAGGUUCUCUUCGAUCAGCCAAUCGUCUGCACCGUUUCAACGGCUGAUGUUCAGGCCGCCUUCAGCGCCAUCGUCGGACGCAUCCAGAGAUUCUGUAACUGCAACUCGCAGACUCCACCCACCAUGAAGGUGGCAGUGGGAGGAGAUCAGAGCUACCUGACCACGGUGCUCUGCUGCUUCGUAGAGCAGCUGGCCAGCAAGACAUCUGAUUGGUUGAGCUACAUCCGCUUUCUCAUCAUCCCUAUUGGAGUCCACCCGCUGGCCAAGUACCUGUCUUCCCUGGAUGGGAAGUUCAGCGGUUUGUUCAUGGACGCCGGCUGGAGGGAGCUGUUUGGACGCCCGGAGCCGCCUCCUCUCGAUCCUGUGGGUGUAGCCGGUCGGGUUUCUCAGUAUUUGGCCGGAGCUGCUGUUUCUCACCUGUGUCCGAUCUCAGAGGCCAUGCUGACCUGCAAACACAAGAGCCCCGACGAUGACUCCUGCCAGAAGUUUCUUCCUUUUAUCGGGCUGGUGAAGGUCGGCAUCGUGGAGCAGAACUUCAUGUCCACCUCAGUGGACUCUGAUGACAUCAUACUUGGAUCUCCUCCGUCCCAAUCAGGACCACCGAUCAACAUCACCUCGACACCUCCUCCCUCCCCCUCCACCAGCUGUCCCACAGAGGUGAUGGGACUGCAGGUGGACUACUGGAGCAGCCAGGGUGGAGGAGGAGGAGGAGGAGAGCGGAAGAAGGAAAUCGGGAUGAAGAACACGCUGAAGAGCAACUUUCGCUGUCUGCAGGUGUCGAGGCUCAGUGGAGGAGAGCUGAUGAGCAUGACGGUGGUGACGAAGGAGAAGAACAAGAAAGUCAUAUUUCUCAGUAAGAAGGCAAAGGAGAAGGAGGCGGAGUCAAGGAGUCAGCUGAUUGAAGGAAUCAGCAGGUUGAUCUGUACCUCCAAACACCAACACACACUCAGAGUGUCCGUCGACGGCGUGGAGUGGAAUGACGUAAAGUUUUUCCAGCUGGCGGCUCAGUGGCCGACACACGUCAAACACUUUCCUGUUGGAAUCUUUGGAUACAACAAACCCUGACCUUGCUCGCUCUCGCCGUUGUCCGGAUCACAUGACCUCCCUGCGGUCGCAUCGUGUUGAGCUCCUGGUGACGACGGGCAGUAAACCUGUAACUCCUCCUCGUCCUCUCAGUGUCAGCAGAGCAGCAGAAACCUUGUUUGCCUUUUUCUCUCACAUCAUGUUGGAGUAGAAAUAUUUGUACCUCAUCAGAAAGUUUUUUAUGUGAUGGAUGUGUCUGACACGGAGUAAGUGUGCACAUGUUUGUCCUGUAAUAAUAUUAAUGUUAAUAAUAGUAUCUUUUAUAUAUGGCUCAGCCGAGUUGGUUAAUUUGAUUUUUAAGGAGUCUUUCAGUGGAACUCAUUAAACUCUGUUUGAAGUGACUCUGAACAUUUCUGUAACAAAAACAGAGAAAAAGAUCCCAGAGGGGUCAAAGGGUCCACAAAGAGACAAAAACAGCAGAGACAGCUACAAACAUGCAAAACCAACGAUGUGGUGUGACUGUUUGAACCCUGUGAGGUCUGUCAUCAAAGGUGCAAACAGCCAGGACCCCUUAGAGAAAGCUUUGUUGGAAAAGCUUGAAUAGUUUUAUAUUCAUGUCAGUUACAGUUACAUAAACUUUAUUUUGUGUCUUCAGAGAAGUGUUUAACAAACAAAACCAAAAGUUUCACAUUCUGAUUCCUCAGAGAGCUAACGGGCAUAUAUGUAGAACCAACACUCCUCAAAGCUCAGCCUUUAACCUUGUGUCAUCAAUGGUUGUGUUUUUUCAGAUGUUUGUGUCAGCAGUUUGUCAUACAGCAGAGCUUUAACCCUUCACAGGGACGUUGUUUUUGUAAAAUAUCAAUAAAUACACCUGAAAUUGUU